ACACGGACGGGUCGAAUGAUCUGCUUCUGAGAGUGCUAGAAUCACAGGCUGUUACAACUUGAAGGAGUGUGGCUUAACCCUUUCAUUUCAAACGAGGAACUGAGGAGGGGAUAUGUGUCCAUCAUCGCAUCAGUGAUGAGUGGCGCAUAAAGGCAAAGUAAUUUUAGAGAAGUGGGAAGUGGUGAUGCAAAGCUUGACCUAAACUAACGUAAAGAAGAGGGAAGCUAACGUUCGAGUGACUGUUUGAACUUGGGCACAUUCACUUAACCUCUCAGAACCUUAGUUUCAUCAGUUGCAAAACAAAGAUUCUAAUAAUAGCUAACAUUUAUAUACUAUUGACUGUGCUGAGAACUAUUCUAAGCACUUUAUAUGCUAAUUCAGUUAAUCCUCACAAUUACGUGGCAGAGGUACUACUAUUAUUUAUCCCAUUUCAGACAAAUAGAAAGGGUAGAUAACUUACCUGCAGUCACACAGUUAGCAUAUUUGUUUUCUAUUGCUGCUUUACAGGUUACCACUGGCUUCAUGGCUUACAACAGGUGAUUAUACGUAGAAUUCACUUCCCUGCAUCUGUGGAACUUAUGGGGGCUGAGUCUUCAAGGUCAGCAGGGGAGUGUCUCCCUCUUUGAAAGGUCUCACCUGAUCAUGUCGGGCCUACCCAGGAUAAUCUCCCUAUAACAACAAAUGAUUCGUGGUCUUAACACCUUGCUGACCGGUCACAAGUAUACACAUGUUUCUGUGUCCCAGCAUUGCUGACUGGUCACAAGAUAACUCUUGUCUGCACUCACAUUAAUUUAAGUAAUUUUAAAUACCUUGCAAACCAAAGUAGCUGGCCACACUGGCCAGUUCUGGCUUGAAAUAGCCGGUCAGCACAUAUCUGCAAAAUCUCUUAUCUUUGACAUAAACAUGAGAGUAAUAUCCCAUCCAUCACCUUUGCUAUGUUCUGUUGAUUAGAUGCCAGACACAGGUCUUGUCCACACUCAAGGGGAGGGGAGUACACAGACCCAUGGAUUCCAAGGGGCAAGAGUCACAGAGUAAUUUUAGAGUUUACCUUCCAUAUUUAGCAGGGCUUAGUUUAAGCCCAGACUGACUCCAGAUCUUAGAGUCCAUGGCCCCCGAGUCCAUGCUCUUAACCACUGUGACUUUUUCACUUUGAAGAAAGAAAACCCACUGAAUAACCUUGCAGGGUUCUGAGCAAGACAACACCCAGCAGACUCUUUCUGGGCAAUAAUUAAUUCUGUUCAUACCUCCACUUUUAAGAAACCAUAGCCACCUGCAGUUUUGUAUUUUCAGGAAGUUAUUUCCAACGGUCUCUCUAAAAAACAGAUCGUUAGAGUCAUUUCAAUUUGUUCAUAUUCUUCUGAGGCAGAAAUAACCCUGGGGUUUAAGACUUGAGGCUGGAGUUCUUAAAAAAAUAACCCGAGCUCUGCUUUUUUGUUUUUGAGACAGAUGAAGUGAUUGAGAAGAAAGAGUGAACACCCUCAUUUUGUAGACAGGACACCAUGGACCAGCCUUUUACUGUGAAUUCUCUGCCCAACACGGUGCACACUUUCUCUGGCUACAUCUUAGAAGAAGCAGUGUGCAGGAGAGCAAAUGACAGGGGCCUUGGGAUCACGUGCGCUUCUUCUGUGCCCCAAGUCACCCUUCGAGUGUGCAUACAGGCACAUUAUAUAACCUCCAUGGCCCUGUUUCUGUACUCUGUGCCUUAUGACAGUUGGAAGCAAUAUUUUUCAUGUGCCCAGCCUAUCGUGGGGGUUUUAUAAGUGGAAGGUGUCAUUACCACUACCGUCCUCCUGACGACCCUCCCCAGCCUGCUCACCACAGCCCUCCGGGUAGCCCCGAGAGCACCAGGCACUGCAUACCCUCGACACACAAAGCUCACACCGGAACACAAAGAAACAGAGGCCUGGUGCUUGCUCUGAAAUAGGUGAUCACCCAGCCUCUCUGUCUGCCAAGACAAUCCUUCACAGGAGCUUAGUUGCUUUGAGCGUAUGUUUGAAGGGUAGAGAAUUGUAGGAACUUUUUCACUUUCUGACCCCGUGUUGUGGGAUAAUAAAGGCUGCCCACUUCUGCUUCUGCCGAGGGAAGAAUCAUCCUUAUGGAGUGUCUUGUGUGGUUUUCUAAAACAUAUGUAGGAAUAAUUAACAUUUUAGUGGACAGUCAAUGUAAAAUGAAUGAAUUUCUCAUCUGGAAAUUUUGUGUUUUCAUCCAAGAACCUCACAUGCAAAUGAAACAUAGACUGAUGAAGACUUUAGGCUGUUUCCCAGUUUAUCUCUGAAAUCAAUUUUAAAUUUGGGAAGGAUAGGACCAUUCAGGAAAGGAAAGUUUCAGUGACAUUUCUUAUCAUCACGGUCCCAACCUGGCUCUGCAGAAGAAGCUGGCGGCGAUGCCCGACCACACGGACGUCUCGCUGAGCCCCGAGGAGCGCGUGCGGGCGCUCAGCAAGCUGGGCUGCAACAUCAGCAUCACCGAGGACAUCACGCCGCGCCGCUACUUCCGAUCCGGCGUGGAAAUGGAGAGGAUGGCCUCUGUGUAUUUGGAAGAAGGAAACUUGGAAAACGCCUUUGUUCUUUAUAAUAAGUUUAUCACCUUGUUUGUAGAAAAGCUUCCCAGCCAUCGAGAUUACCAGCAGUGUGCAGUCCCCGAGAAGCAGGACAUUAUGAAGAAACUGAAGGAGAUUGCAUUUCCAAGGACAGAUGAAUUGAAAAAGGACCUUUUAAAGAAAUAUAACGUAGAAUACCAAGACUAUAUGCAAAGCAAAAACAAAUAUACAGCCGAAAUUCUCAAAAAACUGGAGCAUCAGCGAUUGAUCGAGGCGGAAAGGAAGCGGAUCGCGCAGAUGCGCCAGCAGCAGCUGGAAACGGAGCAGUUUCUGUUUUUUGAAGACCAGCUCAAGAAGCAAGAACUAGCCCGCGUGCAGACGCGAAGCCUGGAGGCGCCGGCGCUGCCCGAGGUCGAUGGGAGCGCUCUGUCCUGCUUCUCCGCGCACCAGGACAGUACCUUGCUGAACGUGUUUGCCCAGCAGCCUGACAGGAGCGCCCCCAGUUACGCCAGCCGCUCUCCUCCGGUCAACAGGGCCCUAAAGCCGGCUGCUGCGCUGAGUGCCGUUCAGGAUUUAGUGGUUGAAGGACUGCGAUGUGUAGUUUUAUCAAGAGAUCUUUGCCACAGAUUUCUGCUGCUGGCAGAAUCUAAUACAGUGAGAGGAAUAGAAACGUGUGGAAUACUCUGUGGAAAACUGACGCAUAACGAAUUAACUAUUACCCAUGUAAUCGUGCCAAAGCAGUCUGCAGGCCCAGACUAUUGCGACGUGGAGAAUGUAGAGGAAUUAUUCAGUGUUCAGGACCAGCACGACCUCCUCACCCUGGGGUGGAUCCAUACACAUCCAACCCAAACUGCAUUCUUAUCCAGUGUUGACCUUCACACUCACUGCUCUUAUCAGCUCAUGUUGCCAGAGGCGAUUGCCAUUGUGUGUUCACCGAAGCAUAGAGACACUGGCAUCUUCAGGCUCACCAAUGCCGGCAUGCUUGAGGUCUCCACCUGUAAGAAGAAGGGUUUCCAUCCACACACCAAGGAGCCAAGGCUGUUCAGCGUAUGUAAACACGUGUUGGUAAAAGACAUAAAGAUAACCGUGCUGGAUCUGAGGUGAUAGGUUCUGAAGAUUAGCACCAUCAACACCAGACACCUGCCCAUGGACAUGUGUUUGCUGAAUUUUCUUAAGAUGUUUCCAGAAAUGUCUGAUAUUUUAUAUUUAUACAUUUUAGAUCAGAAAGUUUGAUAUUUAUUGCUCUUGCGCGUUUUGAAGGUUUCUUUCUGGGUUGCUCUGUCUUAAGAGUGGUCACAAUAAUAUAAAAUCAAUACCCAUUAAUGUAACCAAAUACUAUGACCAGAUAAUAAAUUGUGCUGCAAACAAUAA